AUGCCCUUGGGGGCUAGGCCACGGCGGAGCUCGAGCUGCUCCCGGUGGCUGAUGGUGGCGGAUUUGCUCUCUGUGGCGCUCCGAUGGAAGGAGCCGGAGGCAGAGGGCGGCGGAGCUUCCUCACCCCCUUCAAUAAAGCUCGACGGCUUCUCCCACGAUCUGGACGGAUCUAGCCUGGAUCCUCUCCUUCUUCGCCACCAUGGAGGUGGAAUCGAAGAUGAGGCUCCUGGUGACGCCGUUCUUGGCAGAUCGCCGGAGAGGCAUCCUGGAGCAAAUGAUCUUCGAGCGCAACACAUGGCGACCGAGCUCGUCGCCGUGAUCCUCGGCCAGCAUGGUGGCCCUUCUUCAACCUCCAGAUCGGAGGCCCUCCGAUUCAUCUGCUGGAGCUCGACGCCUCCAGAGGACCAAGUGGUGCGUCCCCGGCAUUCUGGUGGUUGCCAGUGGCGGAAUCUUCUCGCUGGCAUGGAGUAUUCGAGCAUGCAGCUCCUUGAGCUCGGCGGUGACGCCUGGAGUUCGCCGGCGAAGGGUGGCAGAGGCACUGUCCUUGAUUGCUUUUUCUCAUAUAAUUUCAGGGUGCUUUCUGUAAAGUGCGAGAAGGAUUACCUUCCAUUGGAUUGUCACCAUUUGCUUGUGGAUGGUCUACUCAGCAAAGGAAGCUUGUGUCAGCCAAUGCUUCUCAAAUCAUUCAGUCGCUCCAUGCUGGCUUUGUCCCUGUUUUGCAUGGAGAUGGUGUUCUUGAUGAGUUACUGUUCCCGCAAAACCGGAGUAUCCCUUUGUCCCCAACAUGCGCUUAGUUCUGGCAAAACUAGGUCAACACCUCGUCCUCGAUGGCUCCAACUGCAUCGACUUCGGCAUCAACACCCUCUUCGACGACUGCCUCGAUGCGUCUCCGUCACUCUCCUCGCGCGCUAUGCGCUUCCGGCUUCAUUUGCGGCUACCUCGACACUGGCACCCGACCAUGAUAUCGACCACGACAACCCCUCGCACGACACUCUCCACCAAGGCUGCACCGCCCAACGCUCUUGGCUCCCUCGACAUCGGCACAAGGGCUACCACCUCGCACGAGCACCUCGGCUUCCUCUACAGUCCAAGCACCCACGAUGCGACAUCGUCUACAAGUCUACAACGCUCCCGCUACGACUGCGGGGAGUGUCAGCCCGUUGGUGCAUACCUUCGGUUUCUCUCCAGUCUGACCGUCCGCGACGCUUCCAUUGUUCACGUCACUACCGCUACGACUGCGGGGGAGUGUUACAGAUAUACUAGAUGAUACCCCGCGCGUUGCAGCGAGACAUUGCAGAAUCACACCAAUAAAAUGUAAUCUAUGUUACUUCAUGCGGUGACAAU